AAUCAUACACAACCCGAUUUCCAGGAAGCACUUUUGAAGAUAACCUACCAUCCUCUCGACAGUAGCUUGCAGUCUGUAUCUGCUGUUCUUACUACACUCUUCAAGAGAAUAACUAAUCGCGAAGCUCACAAACCACCACCCACCCAGAUCCUCAGACACAAUGGCCGAAGUUGCUGCCGGAGCUCUGGUUGCAGAGCAGAUCGUUGCAACAGGCAUCGAAGUGGGAGCAGCAGUCGCCGUCGCCGCUCCAACACAGCCUCUGAAGGUGUCUCUUACACAACUAGCGAGGGCAACAUCUGAAACCACUGAGCGAGUCCUUGCCAGAUCCAACCAUACCAUCACCACCAUCGGUAACAAAGCCUACAUCUUUGGUGGCGAAGACGUCGAUGGCAAGCUUUGCAACAGCGAUGUCCAUGCUAUUCUUCUUCCAAGCAAAGACAACACCGGUGCCGAGAAGAUCCACGAUCACUACCCAGCGUUCCCCUUAAUCGAUGCAAAGACCGGCGAGACAUACAUCCCUGCGCCUCGUACUAAACAUGCCGCGUGUUCUUGGGGGAACUCAGUCGUUAUCCACGGCGGAUGCGACGAGCACGGCAACCCGAUCGAGGAAGACAACUGUCUUUGGCUCUGGGACACGGAGCACAUGAAGUGGACAAAGCUGCACGGGGAGACGCAGCUCGGGGUGAAGCUGGCACCCCGCUACGGCCACCACAUCUUUGUCGACGACAAGCAGAAUUUUCUGAUCCUCCACGGAGGCCACACAUCAAGCCCAGGCGGCACGGAGACGGAGACAUGGCUCUACAGCUUUGACCGCAACGCGUGGACCACCCUCCCCAAAUCUCCCUCUCCACCUCUCGCCGCCGCCUACGCCGACACGGCUCUCUACACCAUCAGCGCCAGCCCGGGCUCGCCCAAUCUCAGCGGCACCAUCAACUACCUCGACCUCCUCAAGUCCACCACCGACCGCGAGAAGCCCGGCGCAUUGACCUGGCAAUCCAUUACAUACCCCAUCAACCCGCUCACGCCCGGUCCGCGACCGCGCGUCGGCGGUGCGCUGGUGCCCAUCCACACCGGCUACGGCCGCUUUUACCUGAUUUACAUGUUCGGCAUCUCCUCGGACGCCGCCGGCGAGUCCAACAAGGCUUCACCAGAAGAAGAGAAAUACUACGCCGACAUCUGGUCGCUCCAACUGCCGUCGCACGGGUUUACUGGUGCUGCAGCCAAGGACGUGAUUCGCGACAAGCUGAUGCCGAAGGGCAUCCAGUCGGGCAAGUUCAGCUGGGCGGAAGCGGAGCUGGUCCCGACGGAGCAGAAGAUGGAGGUCGCGGCGGAGGGUAAAGUGCAUCCCGGGCCGAGGGGGUUGCUGGCUGCGUCUGGGUGUUUGGAGGGGAAGGGAGUGGUGCUUUGGGGAGGAGUCAAUCCGAAGGGGGAGAGGGAGGCGGAUGGGUGGGUGUUGGGGUUGGCUUAUGGGUAUGCUGAUAGUGAUCGGUUUGAGUAA